AUGAAAAUCUGCAUUCUCUGGCUCAUGUCUUUCUUCACACUUGCCGUCGGCCAGGAAAGCUUCCUGGGGAGAAAUGAAGGCACCAAAACAAAAAGUGGACUCAUUGUGAAUAAGAAAAAGCAUCCAGGCUCAGUCCAGGAAUAUGAGCUGCUGCUUCAGGUGGCCUACAGAGAUUCCAAGGAGAAGAGAGACUUGAAGAAUUUUCUUAAGCUUUUGAAGCCUCCAUCAUUUUGGUUACAUGAACCAAUGAGGAUUCUCAGAGCAAAGGCCACCACAUACUGCAGGCACCAGAAUGGGGUCUUGCAGUGUUCCUGUGAGGACGGCUACACCUGGUUCCGUCCCUCGUGCCUUGAUCCCCAGAAAUGCUACCUUCACACGGCCGGAGCACUCCAGAGCUGUGACUGUCAUCUCAACAACCUCACCCAGAGCAUCAAUUUCUGUGAGAGAGCAAAAGUUUGGGGCACUUUCAAAAUUAAUGAAAGAUUUACCAAAGACCUUUUGAAUUCAUCUUCUCCUUCGUAUUCCAAAUAUACAACCGGAAUUGAAAUUCAACUUAAAGAAGCAUUCAGAAGGAUUCAAGAUUUUGAGUCAGUUCGUGUCACCCAAUUUCGAGAUGGAAGCAUCGUUGCUGGGUUUGAAGCUGUGGGUUCCAGCAGCACAUCAGAGCUGCUGUCAGCCAUUGAACAGGUGGCUGGGAAGGUGAAGGCAGGCCUUCAAAAGCUCUUCCCACUAGAAGAUGGCUCUUUCAGAGUAUUUGGAAAAGCUGAGUGUAACAGCAUUGUCUUUGGAUUUGGGUCCAGGAACGAUGAGUAUACUCUUCCCUGUAGCAGCGGCUACACUGGAAACAUUACAGUCAGGUGCCAGCCCUCUGGGUGGCAGGUCCUCAGGGAGACAUGUGUCCACUCUCAGCUAGAAGAACUGAGGAAGAAUUUCAGUGUGAUUGCAGGCAAUGCCACCGAGGCAACUGUGUCAUCCUUGGUGAGAAAUCUUUCACUCGUCAUUCAGCAGAACCCAUCAACUACGGCUGGCAAUCUGGCUUCAGUGGUGUCCAUUCUGGACAAUGUUUUGUCUCUGUCACUGUCAGGCCAUUUCAAGGUGUCCAAUUCAACUAUGGAGGAUGUCAUUAAUAUAGCUGACCACAUCCUUAAUUCAACAUCAGUAACCAACUGGACGGUGUUACUGCGGGAAGAACAGCAUGCCAGCUCACGAUUGCUGGAGACACUGGAAAACAUCAGCAGCCUCGUACCUUCGACAGCUCUGCCUCUGAGUUUUUCUCGGGAUUUCAUUAACUGGAAAGGGAUUCCAGUGUCCCGAAGCCAACCUGAGAUGGGUUACAGCUAUCAGGUUGAGCUGUCCCACCAAAAUACUUCCAAACCCAUCAGAGGCCAUGUAUUAAUUGGGUCAGACCAAUUCCGGUGGUCCCUUCCAGAAACUAUUAUCGGCAUGGCCUCGUUGACCCUGGGGAAUAUUCUAUCCAUUACCAAGAAUGGAAGUGCUCAGGUCAAUGGGCCGGUGAUAUCUAUGGUUAUCCAAAACUAUUCCGUAAAUGAAGUCUUCCUGAUUUUUUCCAAGAUAGAGUCAAAUCUGAGCCAGCCUUACUGCGUGUUUUGGGAUUUCAGGCAUUUGCAAUGGAACAAUGCAGGCUGCCAGCUAGUGAAUGAAACUCUAGACACGGUGAUGUGCCGAUGUACUCACUUGACUUCCUUCUCCAUACUGAUGUCACCCUUUGUCCCACCUGCCAUCAUUCCCUCUGUGAAACUGAUCACCUAUGUGGGGCUGGGUAUCUCCAUCGGAAGUCUCACCUUAUGCCUAAUUAUUGAAGCUCUAUUUUGGAAGCAGUUCAAGAAAAACCAAACUUCCUACACACGUCAUAUUUGCAUGGUGAACAUAGCCCUGUGCCUCCUGAUUGCUGAUAUUUGGUUUAUCGUUGCUGCCACUGCAGACUCCACAGUAAGCUUUCCUGGAGUCUGCAUGGCUGCAGUGUUUUUUAUGCACUUUUUCUACCUCUCCCUGUUCUUUUGGAUGCUCAUGCUCGGCAUCCUGCUGGCUUAUCGGAUCCUCUUUGUGUUCCAUCACAUGGGCCUACAUGUGAUGAUGGCCUUCGGGUUCUGCCUGGGCUAUGGGUGCCCUCUCAUCAUAUCUGUCAUCACCAUUGCAGUCACACAACCUAGCAACAGCUACAAAAGGAAAGACGUGUGUUGGCUUAAUUGGUCUGAUAACAGCAAACCCCUCCUGGCCUUUGCUGUUCCUGCACUGACCAUUGUGGCUGUGAACUUGGUUGUGGUGCUAUUAGUUCUCAUGAAGCUCUGGAAGCCUCCUGUUGGAGAAAGGCCGAGUCAGGACAACAGGGCCACUAUUGUCCGCAUGGGGAAGAGCCUCCUCAUCCUGACCCCUCUGCUGGGGCUCACCUGGGGCUUUGGCAUAGGGACAAUUGUGGACAACCGGAAUCUGGCUUGGCAUGUUAUUUUUGCGUUACUCAAUGCGUUCCAGGGUUUUUUCAUCUUAUGUAUUGGAAUGUUCUUGGAUAGUAAGUUGCGACAGUUGCUGUUCAACAAAUUGUCUCCUUUAAGCUCUCAGAAGCAAGCAUCAAAGCAAAACUCAACAGAGGUAUCUGCCAAACCCAAAUACCCAAAGCCCUUCAACCCAUUGCAACACAAAGGCAUUUAUGCCCUUUCUCACACUGGAGAAUCCUCAAAUGACAUCACGCUAACUCAGUUUUUAUCAACUGAAUAAGGCUGCAAACCAUAAAAUUGAGGGAAAUUGUUUUGGUGCAACUUAACAUUUAGAACUAAAUGUCAGUGAAAAAAUUAGCUCAA